UUGGCGUGUAUUUGCGUCGAAUUCAACCAGUACUGUCUACUUUUCGCUAGAAUGUUCUACUGGUCCAAUCAAGAAAAACUUCGGUAUGGACUGAUAUCAUAUGUUUUGGAUGAUUUGUCAGGUGAAAUGAGUUUGUUGGGAAAUGGAAUUUCUUGAAAUUUUGUAGAUUCUUCACCUGUUUGAAGUCCUGGGUUGAUGAAGUUUUAGAUGUUUGAACAAAUUUCAAACAUCAUUUGUGAUUGUUGAUGAGCCUCUCUUGAUAGAUGAGCCAGGUAAUUUGAGACAUGGGUUGGCUGAACAAGAUUCUCAAGGGUUCCGACUACAAAAUCUCGAAAGGACAAAGCCAUGGGAAAUAUGAAGAUGAUACAAUCUGGGAAGGAUAUCCUACUUCUGCGGAAGCACGGUCAAAUUUUGACGGAGAAGAAAUUGAUCAUGCAAUUGCUCUUUCUCUUGCCGACGAAGAUGCAAAAGGGAAAAAAGUAAUUGAUGAUGACUCUCACUUGGAAGAAGAUGAACAGCUUGCUAAGACUCUUCAGGAGAGUCUAAAUAUGGAGUCUCCACCUCGACAUGAUUUUGGAGGUUUCUUUGCACCUAACCCAUACUACCAUCCAUCAUGGUACAGGAUUUGUGCUGGUUGCAACCGUGAAAUCGGUCAUGGAAGAUAUUUGAGUUGCUUGGGAUCUGUUUGGCAUCCAGAAUGUUUUCGUUGCCACGUUUGCAAUCAGCCAAUUUCUGAAUUCGAGUUUUCGUUGUUUGAUAAUCGCCCUUGUCACAAAUCUUGCUCUAAAGACCACCAUCUCCCCAAAUGUGAUGUUUGCAAGAAUUUUAUCCCGCCAAAUAGAUUUGGUCUUAUUGAGUAUAGGGCACAUCCUUUCUGGAAGCAGAAGUACUGCCCAUCACAUGAGCGUGAUGGUACACCUCGCUGUUGCAGCUGCGAGAGAAUGGAAUCAGUAGAUGCCAGAUAUCUGGUGCUAGAUGAUGGUCGGAAGCUAUGUCUGGAGUGUUUGGAUUCCGCAAUAAUGGAUACGCAUGAAUGCCAACCUCUUUACCUAGAAAUACAAGAGUUUUAUGAAGGUUUAAAUAUGAAAGUUGAGCAACAAAUUCCAUUGCUCUUGGUCGAGAGACAAGCUUUAAAUGAAGCCAUGGAAGGAGAAAAAAAUGGUCAUCAUCACAUGCCCGAGACUCGUGGACUUUGCCUGUCAGAAGAGCAGACAGUUAGAAUAAUUUUGAGGCGGCCAAGGAUUGGAGGGUUUCGAAUAAUUGACAUGUUCACCGAGCCUUAUAAGCUAGUCCGUCGAUGUGAAGUGACAGCGAUUCUUGUUUUGUAUGGUCUUCCUAGAUUACUGACUGGUUCCAUCCUGGUUCAUGAGAUGAUGCAUGCGUGGCUGCGACUUAAAGGUUACCCUAAUCUAAGUCCAGAAGUUGAAGAAGGUAUCUGCCAAGUGUUAGCUCAUAUGUGGUUGGAUUCCGAAAUUAUUGCUGGUUCUGGUAGUAAUGUUGCUUCGACUUCAUCCUCGUCAUCUAGUUCUUCUAAGAAGGGAAAACGAUCUGAGUUUGAGAAAAAACUUGGCGAGUUUUUCAAACACCAGAUUGAAUCAGAUACAUCAACAGCAUAUGGAGAUGGUUUCAGAGAAGGCAACAAGGCAAUGCUCAAGUAUGGCAUAAAAACAACACUCGAUCACAUUCGGCUUACGGGAAGCUUCCCAUAUUAAGUUAAUUGGUAAUUUGCUGAGUUUCCUACUUAUACAUCAAUUUGCAUAGUAUCAACCUAGUAAAAAAAAAAAAAAAAAGGUAGAGAGAAGAAAAGCUUAGACUAAUGCAAAAAUAAGUGCUGCUGCUAUAUAUGAUCUUUUCAACAUUGAGAACUGCAUAUUUUGUGUCAAAUACCUGGCAAUAUGUGAAAAGAAUAAUGAUGAUAUUAAAGUUACUGAGAA